CAGCUCUUCAGGCCGGCGCAGCCGCGAGUCUGCUGGAGUGCCAGCACGCCCAUCCGAUCCCCGAUCCCCGAUCCGAGGUUCUGAAGGGAGUUUAGGAUCUGCUCGUGGAGGGUGUGAACGGCAUUUUGCAAGGCCAUCUGAGGAGCAGGAAAACGUCUGAAAUCUGCUGCGAAGGAGCGGUAGCGGUUUCGCAGUGGAAGGAAACUGUUGGCACAGAGGCCGAGGGCUGAAUCAAGCGGUGGCAGGAGAUGCAGUCUGCCGGCUUCCCGCUGGCGGGGGCCUGCCCAGUGGGAGCUGCCUUCCCGUGGAGACCGCGGGGGUCACUGCAGUGAUAGCUACUGUGGCUUCUUUUCUUUUUCUUUUCCAAUGAGAAGCUGGGAGCAGCGAUCUGAGCUGGGAAGCCUUCUGAUUUCUUCGCAGCCUGUCGCCGAUACGGUCCUCUACUAGCACCGCUUCCGCCUGGUGCCUGUGCCCAGGGCCGGACAGCCACCGACCAGCCUGAGAGAUAAGCCCCCUGCCUGGCCUUUGCUGCCGAUGGGAAUAGAGCUGUCUGUGUCCCUGCUGUUCCCGGGAGCCUGGAUUCAAGCUGGGUUCUGGUACCAGGAGUUCUAUUGUCUCUGGCGUCUGACUCAUCACAUGUGAAUGUACCGCAGCUUUGCUAUUAAUGCACAGUGCUUUUUUUCCUAAACACAGAAAGAAUUGUCGACCAACCUCUGAGCUUCAUUUUUGGAAUUUGUGCUGACCUCUAGAGCUAUUGUAUUGUAUUUGUUUCUGGAUAGUAUCUACAUUAACCCAGUGAGACUGAAGACAUGAAGACAGAUUAGAAGUGGAAACAGCACAGUGAGAUUUUGUUUUUAUUGUCAAUGAUAAACAAGCCAGCUACUGUCACCGGAUGACCUUGCAGGCCAGAGUGGGUAGAGCUGUGGUCCUCUGUCACAGCAGUUGUUUCUCAUUUCAUUUUACAUUGUGUGGUGUUGUCACCAAAACAAUGGUCACUUUGUGCAAGUAAAUUUCAGAUAGAGUUAACGCGGCUGUUCUGAUAGGGGAAGAGUAUUUUUAAGUGAGCUUGUACCGGACUUCUCAUUAUUAACACAUUGGUGUAAAAUUGCUUUCAAUUAUUACGGUGACUCAAAAAUACAAAUUUGUUACUUUAGGAACUUCUAAGUUAAUAGAGCUUCGAACUUCAGCUUUUCUCACAGUACAUGCUAAAGUUAAAGCCAGCUGCCCUGUGCAGAGGAUGAUUGUAAGUGCUGUGCAGAAGAGGGAAGAUUGCUCUGCCCUUCCAACUGUGACUUCCCGCACAGCGGGGAGCCCAGUGUGGUAAAGUGCGAAUGAGUCGAGUGUGUAUUGUUGUUUUGGAGGAGGUAGAAGAUGAAUCUCCCGCAUCCGCAUCCGUUUCUAAAUUGCCACAGGAAAGUAAAUCCCUACAUUCUCCGCCUUCUGGAAGUGUGUUGCCAUCACUGGUGCAAGCUAUUUUUAACGGAGAUCCUGAUGAAGUUCGAGCACUAAUAUUUAAGAAAGAAGAUGUUAACUUUCAGGACAAUGAAAAGAGAACCCCGUUGCAUGCUGCUGCCUACCUUGGAGAUGCAGAAAUGAUUGAACUGCUCAUUUUAUCUGGAGCUAGAGUUAAUGCCAAAGACAGCAAAUGGUUGACACCUUUACACAGAGCAGUUGCGUCUUGUAGUGAGGAGGCGGUUCAGUUACUUCUGAAGCAUUCUGCCGAUGUUAAUGCCCGAGACAAAAACUGGCAAACCCCUUUGCACGUGGCUGCGGCCAACAAAGCUGUGAAGUGUGCGGAAGCCCUGGUGCCCCUGCUCAGCAACGUGAACGUGUCCGACCGAGCGGGCAGGACCGCACUGCACCACGCGGCUUUCAGUGGCCAUGGCGAGAUGGUCAAACUGCUCUUGUCAAGAGGUGCCAAUAUUAAUGCUUUCGAUAAGAAAGACCGGCGCGCUAUCCACUGGGCGGCGUAUAUGGGUCACAUUGAGGUAGUGAAGCUGCUCGUGGUACACGGCGCGGAGGUGACGUGCAAGGACAAGAAGGCCUACACGCCCCUGCACGCCGCGGCCUCCAGCGGGAUGAUCAGCGUCGUGAAGUACCUGCUGGAUCUCGGAGUGGAUAUGAAUGAGCCGAACACCUACGGAAACACAGCCCUGCACGUGGCCUGCUAUAACGGACAGGACGUUGUGGUGAACGAGCUCAUAGACUGUGGUGCUAACGUCAAUCAGAAGAACGAGAAAGGCUUCACCCCCUUGCACUUCGCUGCCGCGUCCACACACGGAGCGCUGUGCUUAGAGCUGCUAGUUGGCAACGGGGCCGACGUCAACACGAAGAGUAAAGAUGGAAAAACCCCUUUGCACAUGACCGCACUCCACGGUAGAUUCUCCAGAUCACAGACCAUUAUCCAGAGUGGAGCCGUCAUCGACUGUGAGGACAGGAACGGGAACACGCCCCUGCACGUCGCGGCGCGGUACGGCCACGAGCUGCUCAUCAACACGCUCAUCACGAGCGGCGCGGACACGGCGAAGCGAGGCGUACAUGGGAUGUUCCCCCUCCACUUGGCGGCCCUGAGCGGCUUCUCCGAUUGCUGCAGGAAACUGCUGUCUUCAGGGUUUGAUGUGGACACCCCAGAUGAUUUCGGAAGGACCUGUCUGCACGCAGCUGCGGCUGGAGGGAAUUUGGAGUGCCUAAACCUUCUGCUGAAUACUGGUGCCGACUUCAACAAGAAGGACAAGUUUGGGAGGUCCCCGCUGCACUAUGCCGCCGCCAACUGCAACUACCAGUGCCUGUUCGCUCUCGUGGGGUCGGGAGCCAGCGUGAACGACCUCGACGAGAGGGGCUGCACGCCCCUGCACUACGCAGCCACGUCGGACACGGAUGGCAAGUGCCUGGAGUACUUGUUAAGGAACGACGCGAACCCCGGGAUCCGAGACAAGCAAGGGUACAACGCCGUCCACUACUCAGCUGCUUACGGCCACCGCCUGUGCCUCCAGCUGAUUGCAAGUGAAACUCCUUUAGAUGUUCUGAUGGAGACCUCCGGGACAGACAUGCUCAACGACUCCGAUGACAGGGCGACAGUCAGCCCCUUACACUUGGCGGCCUAUCACGGUCACCACCAAGCACUGGAAGUCCUGGUACAGUCCCUGUUAGAUCUCGACGUGAGGAACAGCAGCGGAAGGACUCCCUUAGACCUUGCCGCGUUCAAGGGCCAUGUGGAGUGUGUGGACGUGCUCAUCAAUCAGGGGGCCUCCAUCUUAGUCAAGGAUUACAUUUUGAAGAGGACACCUAUACAUGCGGCAGCGACAAACGGCCAUUCAGAAUGCUUACGACUAUUGAUAGGAAACGCAGAGCCACAGAACGCGGUAGACAUUCCGGACGGCAGUGGGCAGACGCCUCUGAUGCUGUCUGUCCUCAACGGGCACACGGACUGUGUGUACUCACUGCUGAACAAAGGAGCCGGCGUGGACGCCAGAGACGCGCGGGGCAGGACGGCGCUGCACCGGGGGGCAGUGACGGGCCAUGAGGAGUGUGUGGAUGCGUUACUCCAACACGGUGCUAAGUGCUUGCUUCGGGACAGCAGGGGCCGAACUCCCGUGCACUUGUCGGCUGCCUGCGGGCACAUCGGCGUCCUCGGAGCCCUUCUGCAGUCGGCCGCGUCUGUGGACGCGACCCCAGCCACAGCAGACAGCCAUGGGUACACGGCGCUGCACUGGGCUUGCUACAACGGUCACGAGACCUGUGUAGAACUCCUCUUAGAACAGGAGGUUUUCCAGAAAGUGGAAGGGAACGCCUUCAGCCCUCUGCACUGCGCUGUGAUCAACGACAAUGAAGGUGCUGCCGAGAUGCUGAUCGACACGCUAGGUGCCAGCAUCGUGAACGCCGCCGAUUCCAAAGGAAGAACUCCUCUCCACGCAGCCGCCUUCACGGACCACGUGGAGUGCCUGCAGCUCCUGCUCAGCCAUAACGCGCAGGUGAACUCUGCGGACGCCUCUGGGAAGACGCCGCUCAUGAUGGCUGCGGAGAACGGGCAGACGAACACAGUCGAGAUGCUGGUGAGCAGUGCCAGUGCUGACCUGACCUUACAAGACAACAACAGGAACACCGCCCUUCACCUGGCUUGCAGCAAGGGUCAUGAAACUAGUGCCUUGUUAAUACUGGAAAAGAUAACAGAUAGAAACCUCAUCAAUGCAACCAACGCAGCCUUGCAAACACCUCUGCAUGUGGCUGCCCGCAAUGGGCUGACAAUGGUGGUGCAGGAGCUUCUGGGAAAAGGAGCCAGUGUGCUCGCGGUGGACGAGAAUGGAUACACCCCGGCUCUGGCCUGCGCUCCCAACAAGGACGUGGCAGACUGCCUGGCCCUCAUCCUGGCCACCAUGAUGCCUGUCUCCUCCGGUAGCCCUCUGUCCUCCCUGACGCUGAAUGCCAUCCAUCGGUACACCAACACCUCGAAGACGGUCAGCUUCGAAGCCUUGCCCAUCAUGCGGCACGGGCCCAGCUCCUACUGCAGCUUCAACAGUGUCGGUGCGGAGCAGGAGUGCUUGUACACCGAUGCCGAGGAGCUCAACGACUCCGACUCGGAGACCUACUGAGAGGCAGGCCGGCCGGCCGGGGCCUUCGCAGCCGAGCCCUGCAAACCCUUUUCCAGGACAAAGGCACUUUCUUAAUCACGUCCAAGUCCAACCUGAGAGGAGAAGACCGCACAGCGAACGGCGUCGGAGACGCGAUGACGUUAGGGGACAGUUUAAAGGCAAGUUUUGCAAAAGAAACUUCUAGAAUCUUGAAACAGACUUGACCAGAGGAAAACACACUGAUGUCAGAUUGCUUUGUGGAAUUGUUUAAUUUGGUUUUGCAGUGCCAGAAUAAUUCGGGACACUGUACCCCAAGCUGCUUACACAAGCAACACUAUCGUGAAAGAAGAGAUAAGGACACUAGGUUUAAAUUUUCUCAAUAAAAUUGCAACUAAAUUUAAAGGCAAUAAACGUUUGGUACAGUAGGCAUUAUGUGCACAGCAAAUUGCCAAAGGACCAAAUAACUUAAAAGGUGUUUUUUUUUUUAAUAGAAUGUCAUUUUGUGGAAACUGGAGGAGAUGAAAUGAGACAUUAUCUAAACCAAACUUUAAUAUUUCUGAAAACGAAACUUGAGAUUUGGUUUUAAUUUUUUUUUUAAAGAAAACAUCUGAAAGCCUUCCAAUACUGUACUAAACCCAUGAGAGAAAGCAGAUGUAUUUUUACAUUUUUUCUUUUACAUAAAAAUUCCAAUUUCUAUAUUAGACUUGAAAACCAGCUGACUGGGUGCAGUAUGGGUGAGAGUACUUGUGACAUAGACACGCCAUGGGUUGGCAUCCGUCUCUGCCCUGUUUUGAAUGGUAUGGGUUUAAAAUUGAACUAUUUUUGUUUAAAAAUAUAAAGAAUUUCCUAAAAAAUACUUCACAAAAUCAAAAAGCAGUUAUUUCACCCUAUUGCAGCCCAGGGGUCCUGGAGAGUAGAAUUUUCUGCCCUGAGACUUCGGACGGUGCAGCCAUCACUUAGGCUCCUUUGGCCUCCACACUGGGCUGGGAGACUCUGGUUGUCUUUUAUGUGACUUUGAAAAAGGGAAGAGUCAGAAGGAAGACUGCCCCGCUACGCAUACGUCAAACUUCAUGCAGUCUCUCGGAAGGCGUUUCUGUGUUGGGCAAGAUUUAAAACAGGAAAGCUUUGGUCCUACUCAGAUUGAAGGUAGCGUGUAUCAUCUGUCGUAUUUGGAGAGAGACAGUAGCCUGCCAGAUUGGAGACCACCGUUCACCAGAGAGAAGGCCUACACUGAGGCUCUUACUCACAGUUACGUGGUUCUGCUUUCACUGUAAUGUCACUUUCCCAGUGACAAUGACCUCACCUGGGUGAGGAGUCUUACAGGUCUGGGUAAAGUUCUGUAAGUGGCAACAAAAUGAUAUCCAAUUUUAUUUUAUCCUUUUUGUAUUGUGAAACUGGAAACCUUCCAACAUUGUAAAUUAUCAGCUGGUUUUUCUGAAUAUAAAGUGUGAAAACACAGAACAGUAUUUUGAUCUAUUUGAUAAUUUUGUGGGGUUUUUGAAGAAUUACUGAGCAUGUACAUAGAAAUAGUGAUUGCUUGAAUACUGUAUCUACUUGCACUCUUUCAGUACAUCAAGAUUCCUGUAUAUUUUAGAGUAUAAUAAAACACAGAUGUGAGUUGUA